AUCCCCGCGAGAUAUUUGUAGCAGUGUGAUUUUCGCGGAUUCACUACGACCCAAUCUGUUUACUUAUUCUUUGGUUGAAUGCUUCUUAGGUUUUUAAUUCUAAAGCCUUUUUAAGUUUAAAUAGUAGCUAGAUUAUUAGGAGUAAGGAUAUGACAGAAAAAUAAUACCUGUUAACUAAAAAGCAUGCAGAGUGGCUAAUUUCAGCCGACUUUUGUAUAUAUCAAAAAAAACUAAUAUCAAAAGUUUUAUUUAUAUUGCGAUGAGUAAAUCAAGGUCUGUGAAAAGAAAAUCAGAAAAGCAAGAUUUUGAAGAAAUUGAUAAUAAAUGUAACGAAUCAAAAACGCAAAAAACCUCAAAGAAGGAAAAAAUAGAAAACAUACAACGAAAUCAGAAUGGGGAAUUAAUAUUUCCUGAUCAUCCUGAUUUCUUGCCAAAUCGUUCUCCAAAAGAGGUUAUGCAAGCAGGUGCUUUUGGUGGUGGAUAUUUCAGAAAAAUAAAAUCUGGUGUUACUAAUGAAUGGCACACUGAUGCAUGGAAAGAGUUUCCAGAAGAUUGGUUUGACGGUUUAAAGCCUAGUUUACAUGUUGCAAAUCCAACAUAUGACAAAUCAGUAAACAAAUAUAAAGUUAAAUGUGGUUUAUCUCUCGAGGAAUGGGAAUCAUAUGGUUGGAUAAAACAUCAAGAUCCUUUCGGAUGGUUUCAAUGGUAUUGUAGAUUUUAUCUUGGUCGUCGAACAGAGGACGACAUACGGCAAAUUGGUCGUUGGAAAAAUUUUCUAGGAAGAUUUAAAGCUAACCUUGUAAAUAAAAUAAAUCGCGCAAAUACAAAGUAUAACGAUUAUACUAUCUCACCAGUAAUCAGACAAGCAUUGUUGCAUUGGGGCUAUGAAGUAACUCCAAAAGAUGUCGAGAAUGGAAAAAAGAAAAAAAAUUGAUUUAACAAUUUCUAAUUUUAGUCACAUUUUGUUUUGAGUUACAUUAUUAUUGUUUUUGUUCACAAAUUCUCAUCAUAUUCUCAAUCAUCUGGUCAAAUAGAAUGUUUAAAAAGAAAAA